AUGGCGGGGGAGCGGGGGGAGAGCAGCGGCGAGCGGCAGGGGACGGUGGAGCGGCGGAUGCUGCGGUCGCGGUACCACGCCGUAAAGAACCUCAUCAGCGAUGAGCGGGAUGAGAUGGCGAGGGCGGAUUCGGACAGGUUCACGGCCAUCAUCCAGCAGGUGGAUUGCUUGCACGAGCUCGUGCAGAGGCCUAGGGAGCAAAUAGCGGAUGCAGAAGCUCUGCUUGGCAUUGCAAGCACUUUGGUAACUUCGGUGAGGUCCCAGUCAAGUGAAGGAAUCACCCCUUCUGAUUUCAUAACAGCUUUACUCAAGAAGUUUGGGCAGCAAGGGACCCCUGAUGAUGAGUCUGUCUCGUUGCGAUGGGGUGAUCUCGGGCAUUCUAUUUCACAUAUCUUCAGGCCUAUGCCUGGAUGCUGUACCAUGCUUGGUCCUAUGGAUACUGAAGUAAAGCAACGGAAAGUUGCGGCUGUUGGUAGAAAACGGACUGCACGGCCAACAGAAAAUACUUGUCCUGAAGAGCUUGCUGAUUCUUCAGAGGAAGUAAAGUCAGACACUGACAGGAAUGUCUUGGUUAUUUUUGAUGUCCUGAGGCGAAAGAAGAGUACAAAGCUUGAAAACCUUGUUUUGAAUAGGCUUUCAUUUGCCCAAACAGUUGAAAAUAUUUUUGCACUGUCUUUCUUAGUGAAAGAUGGUAGGGUGGAAAUAAAUAUAGAUAACAACGGGCAUCAUAUAGUACGUCCAAGGAAUGCACCUGCUGCUAGUGCCAUAGCCUCAGGAGAAGUCUCCUACAGUCAUUUUGUUUUUAGAUUUGAUUUCAAAGACUGGAAGUUUAUGAAAGAAGCUGUCACGGAAGGGGAAGAGUUGUUGCCACACAGGACUUCCCAGAGCGCUCUUUGCAAUGAAGAGAAUGAUCAACCAAAUACGGAGGCACGUGCACAAGUAACGCCUAUCAGGAAACUCUCCCGGAACAGAGGCAUGAUCUUGCAGGAUCAUGUAGUUGAGGAAACUCCUGAGGAGAACCAAACAUCUAAGCACAGGCGCCUUUUCAGAGAUCAAGAUUGA